GCGCAGAAAAUCGACGUAAUCGUUUACGACCUCUCCUUCUGUUCGCUGAUUGGUCCGGUAGAAAAUUAGAAUCCAAACAAAGGGGAGAAAGCCCAGAGGGUCCUGAAAGCGAUGUUUUUUGAGCGGACUUGCACAGAAAGACAAAGACUAGGCUGGUUCCGUAGUCCAGCGGACAGGCAAGCCGUGACUCACCGACGGGAGACUUGCUGAGUGGGGCUGUGUGGCAGCCAUCAGCUAAAGGCAAAGAAAAAAAAACUUUACGCAGUUCCCCCCCAAACAAACCGUAAAGAGCAAAGUCAGAGAGGAGACAUUAGACCAGAGGCCAGCAGCAGGAUGAUGAUGAUGAUGCAGUGUCUGCUCAGUGCGCUUUCUGCUCUCUCUCUCUCUCUCUCUCUCUCUCACCUUUCUCUCCAGAGUGGAGGGAGGCGAGCGAAAGAGAGUGCAGCUGGAGUUGUGGUCCGCUCGCUACGCCCGUCAGAAGUGUGUUUCAGCUCCACGCUCUGUGUCUCUGCACAGCGACGCCAAGAUCAUGCAGCCAGCCUGAGGUUACGACUCAUCUGAGGGGAAGGUGGCAUCUCGCUUUGAGGAGGACUGAGGGGGAGAAGAAGACUGAUCAGUUGCAGAGAGAGAGAGAAAAAGAGAGAGAGAGUGGGGGGAUAAAACUGAAAGACCCCCCUUUCUCCUCCUCGCCUCACUAAACAGAGCAAAAACGGAAGGCUUUGGAGUAUUCAAUUUUUUCUUUCGUUUUAUAUUUUUCUUAUUCCUCAUCGCGGUGCUGGGAGGUGCUUCAUCUUUUCACAUAGUCUCCCUCUCUGUCAUCUGCCUCCUCAUCUACUUCUCCAUCUACGUGGUGUAUAAUUUCUUAUAUCCAUGAAUGUGAGAAAGGAGAGGGGAGUUUUGAUUUGAUUUUUGUCCUUUUCCCUGUCCCUCCUCACUCUUUCCCCACAUCCUUCCACCAAACCGCCAUCCCUGUCACUUCCUGUCAUUUUACCUCUAAAUACCACUUAUCAGUUCACGAUCUCUCCCAUCUCACACCUCUCUCUGUCUCUAUAAACUCUGAUGUGAUAUGAAGUUGGAUGAAUUUUCUUCAGAGACAACUAAAAACUCCUCAUGAAUGACUCUUUUUUUGUUGUUUUUUUCCCCCCUUCUCUCUUGGUCCCUCCACACCCAUUUUCUUUGCAUCACACUCUUGCGGGAUUUUUUAAUGUUACCUCUAGGUAGGUUAACUAUCGUUUAGUGUCUGUCUAUCUGUCCGUCUGUGUGUAUUUGUGUGUGCUUUACGUAUACAUAAAACACACAUCAACACACACAUGCACUCGCACACUAAACUGAAGCCUCAGAGAAAAGGUUGAUUGCCGAGUGCCUUUUGAUCUGGUCUCGCGCCGCUUUCGCACGCUCCUCAUCCAUCCAUCUCAUUGUGAAAACCUUUUUGUUUUGUUUUUUUUUUAAAUCUAUGCCUCUUUUUUUAUCUAUAUUUUUAAGUCCCUCCUUUUCAUUUAGUAAACUAAAGACGUGUGAUUAUAAACGUUUUUUUUGCAAAAACAUUUCGUGCAAAAGUUUUUGCCAUGUAGCCUAAAAUAAAUUAGAACAAACAUUUAUUCAGCUGCUUACUGACUUCUGAACUGUUGGUCAUGUGAAAUCAUUAAAAUUGUUCCUCAUUUCAUGCUUAAUUUGUGCUGCGACUCCAUCAGCAGCUAUUAUUUCUGUUCCAGCCUCCUCCUCCCUCUGCCUCUCACGCACACAAUCCUAAAUAUUUCCAAGAAUCGAAACUCCACUGCAUCUGCAUGUUCUCCUCCCACCUUCAUGCACAUCCAGACAUUGAGUUUCUCCAAAUUUCUCGAAGCCGUUCCACCUUUGCUUUGCCCCAUCCUACAUGCAACAGAGACCAGGUGGCAUUAGCAGGCUGAUGAUUUCGCAGACCGUGUGCUUUGGAGGGGCUCACGACAGCAUGUGCAGGUUGUAGAGAGACCGAUAGACAGAUGUAAACAGAUAGAACCGAAUCUCCCAUUUCCCUCAUCGCCUUUGUCUUCUCCUGUGUCACGGCUUCAACCUCUUCUUUAUGUUUUUGUUUGAUGCUUCCUCUGUACUUCUCUCUGCUGCAGCUUCUAGUCUAUUUUCCAUUCAGCCUACACUGACAUGGACAGAACGCUGAAAUCGCCUGCACGCUCAACCUGAGGGCAGACUUGUAGCUUAGGCCUACACCAACUUACGUUCUUGUGGACCGCUGAAGGGGGGGCUUAAUAAAUCCCUCUUGCUCUUAUUUAGAUGGGGGGAUGUCGUCAUGAAGAAACAUGAAGGACCCCCACCACCUCUUGUUUUGCUCUGUCUUUUGCUUUUUGUCUCAACUCUGCUCCAGUGUUUAAACAUCUCCACUUCAGUCUAUAAAUUAUGUUUUGCAGAAAAAAAGUUAAUUAGAUCGAGAACAAUCGAGAAGGAGAUCGGGCCGGCAAGCUGCUGAUCAUGACUGGCUAAAUUAAGCAGAACCACAGAAGUGACAGAACGCCAAAGAAGAAAGAAAGGGAAAGCGACGAAGAGGAGUACAUAUAGACACAGUGCUCCUCAUCUCCACAGCAACAGCGCUCACACUCCAGCAGACUUCUGGAGGGAGGCUUCAGCUCAUUCACCAUCUUUGGAAGGGAAAGGCAUUUGGAGGGAGAGAGACCAAUGAAAAGACUUCAGCUCAUCUAUCCCUACAUCUUAUGAUCUAGUCACUUCAAGUCUGCUCACCUGUACAGACAUUUUAGGUUAAUUGUCAGUUUUUAAAACUUCUGAAAUCCUGAAAAAAAAAAAACAUAGAUCAGUCAAUCUGGAACUCAUUCCUGACACACACCAUCCUCCUUCCCUCUAAUAGUUCAGAAGCCCCUCGCCUUUCCACCUUCAGCCAACCCAAGUUCACUCCUGUGUCCACCAGACUUCUGUCCUCUGCGCGCAAAUUCAUCUGUCUACAUCUAAAUCCCUUCAUCUGAGGCUAUGAGAGGAGGAUUCACAUCGCAGGCCACUCCAUCAUGCCCGUUCUGAAGAGCAGAGAGGAGAUCCAGGCUGGCAAUGUUCAAGGGACGGCAUUUACAAUUCUCCACGAUGCUUGUCAGCCUCCACCAUUCUCCCUCCCAUCUUCAGGACAAGUGUUUGGUGUCUCCCUCCUCAACUCAGCACUCUCCUCCUUUGGACCAGUCGUGCCAUCACUCUCAACGCCAGCCACGGCUCACCCUGCCCUUUCUGUCCUUGUCCUUGUCUCUGCUCCUACUCUCCAUACUCCUGUUGCCCAUCUGCGAACCCCGGAGAGUUGGAGGGCCAGGAACGGGGCCUGGAGGUUCCCCAGGUGGACAAGGAGGUCAGAGAGGAGGCGGGAACCAGAGGGGUGCUGUUAUCCCUCCUCAUUACUCUCCAGGUUCGCCAGCACUUCCUCCUAACGCCCCCAAACUGAUCAGCUCACUUAGCAUUGCCGUCAUCCUGGUGGGCAAUUCCAGUGAAGUAACCCUUGGUGCAGGACUUGAGAAAGAGGACUUCCUCCACAUCCCUUACCCCCCUAAAGUUGAGGUGGUCACCAUGAAUGAGACGGACCCGAAGAGCAUCAUUAACCGGAUCUGUGCGCAGAUGAUGAGGAACUCUCUACAAGGCGUAGUGUUUGGUGACGACACGGACCAGGAGGCCAUCGCUCAGAUCCUGGACUUCAUCUCUGCUCAGACACACAUUCCCAUCCUGGGGAUCCGAGGGGGGUCCUCCAUGGUCAUGGCUGCCAAGGAUGACCACUCCAUGUUCUUCCAGUUUGGCCCCUCCAUCGAGCAGCAGGCGUCCGUCAUGUUGAACAUUAUGGAGGAGUAUGACUGGUACAUUUUCUCUAUCGUCACCACAUACUACCCCGGGUACCAGGACUUUAUCAACAAGGUACGCAGCACAAUUGAGAACAGCUUUGUGGGUUGGGAGCUUGAAGAAGUCAUCAUAUUAGACAUGUCUGUGGAUGAUGGAGACUCCAAGAUCCAGAAUCAGAUGAAGAAGCUGCAGAGUCCAGUUAUCCUGCUCUACUGCACCAAGGAGGAAGCGACCACCAUUUUUGAAGUGGCCCACUCCGUAGGCCUGACAGGUUAUGGCUACACCUGGAUCGUACCUUCGCUGGUGGCCGGUGAUGCAGACCACGUUCCAUCUGUCUUCCCUAUAGGGCUCAUCUCUGUGUCAUAUGACGAAUGGGACUACAACAUCGAGGCCAGAGUACGUGACGCAGUUGCUGUCAUUGCCACGGCAACCUCAACCAUGAUGUUGGACCGAGGGAAACAGACCCUGCAGAAGUCCAGCUGCCUCGGGACGCCUGACAAAAAGGGCUCCAGCAUCGGCCACUCCAAGGAAAUCUUGAAGUACGUCAUGAAUGUAACAUUUGAAGGUCGAAACCUGUCAUUUAGCGAAAAAGGCCACCAGAUGUUCCCUAAACUCGUCAUAAUACUUCUCGACAAGGACCGGCAAUGGGACAGGGUUGGCAAGUGGGAAAGAGGCUCGUUGACGAUGAGGUACCAUGUGUGGCCUCAUUUCGAGGAGGAGCGGGAGGACCACCUGUCCAUCGUGACUCUGGAGGAGGCACCUUUUGUCAUUGUGGAGGACGUGGAUCCACUCAGUGGGACAUGCAUGAGGAACACUGUGCCGUGUCGGAAGCAGCUAAAACUCAGCAAUCACACAGGCGAUUCGGGGAUUUACAUCAAACGCUGCUGUAAAGGCUUCUGUAUCGACAUCCUGAAAAAGAUUGCGAAAACUGUCAAGUUCACUUACGACCUGUAUUUAGUUACCAAUGGUAAACACGGCAAGAAGGUUAAUGGGACCUGGAACGGCAUGGUGGGAGAGGUGGUGACAAAGAAUGCGCACAUGGCCGUCGGUUCCCUCACCAUCAACGAGGAGAGGUCAGAGGUCAUUGACUUCUCCGUGCCGUUCAUCGAGACGGGUAUCAGUGUCAUGGUCUCCCGCAGCAACGGCACCGUCUCCCCCUCUGCCUUUCUAGAGCCCUUCAGCGCUGAUGUCUGGGUCAUGAUGUUUGUGAUGCUGCUCAUCGUCUCGGCCGUGGCUGUCUUUGUGUUCGAGUACUUCAGCCCGGUGGGUUACAAUCGCUGUCUGGCAGACGGACGAGAGCCCGGCGGUCCCUCCUUCACCAUCGGCAAGGCCGUCUGGCUGCUGUGGGGCCUGGUUUUCAACAACUCCGUUCCUGUGCAGAAUCCCAAAGGCACCACGAGUAAGAUCAUGGUGUCAGUGUGGGCCUUCUUCGCUGUCAUCUUUCUGGCCUCCUACACUGCCAACCUGGCUGCCUUCAUGAUCCAGGAGGAAUAUGUGGACCAGGUGUCGGGCUUGUCAGACAAAAAGUUCCAGAAGCCGAAUGAGUUCUCUCCGCCUUUCCGGUUUGGUACGGUGCCCAACGGGAGCACAGAGCGCAACAUCCGCAACAACUACAGAGACAUGCACGCCUACAUGACCAGCUUCCACCAGAAGAAUGUAGAUGAAGCCCUGUACAGCCUGAAGACUGGGAAACUGGAUGCCUUCAUCUAUGACGCAGCAGUGCUAAACUACAUGGCUGGCAGGGAUGAGGGCUGUAAGCUGGUAACCAUUGGGAGCGGCAAAGUGUUCGCCUCCACAGGCUACGGCAUCGCCAUCCAGAAGGACUCGGGCUGGAAACGAGCUGUGGAUCUGGCUAUUCUCAUGUUGUUUGGAGAUGGUGAUAUGGAGGAGUUCGAGGCCCUGUGGCUGACAGGAAUCUGUCACAACGAGAAGAACGAGGUGAUGAGCAGCCAGCUGGACGUAGACAACAUGGCAGGGGUCUUCUACAUGCUCGGGGCUGCCAUGAUUCUGUCACUGAUCACCUUCAUCUGUGAACAUUUGUUCUACUGGCAGCUGCGUUUCUGCUUCAUGGGCGUGUGCUCGGGGAAGCCCGGGGUCACGUUCUCCAUCAGCAGAGGUAUCUACAGCUGCAUCCAUGGGGUACAAAUCGAGGAAAACAAGUCAACCAUUGACUCACCAUCUUCUACCAUAAAGAAGAACAUGAACAACACCCACUCCAACAUCCUACGGUUACUUCGAACUGCUAAGGACAUGACUGCAGUCCCAGGCAUCAAUGGCUCUCCACAUGCAGCCCUAGAGUAUAGCCACAGUAGCCGUGAAGCGGCCAUAUAUGAUAUCCAGAAGCACCGGCACAGCCUGGUGGGUCACCCUGCAGAUUGUAAGUCUGCUCCACCCUAUCUUCCAGAGGAUCCCAUGUUCAGUGAUUAUAUCAGCGAGGUGGAGAGGACUUUUGGCAACUUGCCCCUGAAGGACAGCAACCUCUACCAGGACCAUUACCGGCACCACCACCCGGCCUCAGCUCUGGGUAUGUCCGGCCCCCCACCCAAUAGGCCGCGUAGCUUAGGCAGCGCUAGCUCGUUGGAAGGUGGCAUGUUCGAUGCUGACAGUUUGGGGGGAGGGGUAGCGCCCAUUUUCACCACUCAGCCCCGCCCCUCAAUGACUCACAGGAAUACAAGUAAAUUUGACCUGAUUGCAGGCCACACCGCUGCAGAUACCAAUCAGGGUGGGUUCAAAGGAAGCAAUGUUUACGGGAGGUUUUCUUUCAAAGGAGGAGCAUCCAGCACUGGGCUCAUCGGGGGACACGACAGGUACUGUGGUGGGGGAGGGGGAGGCUCAGGGGGUGACGAUGGGAACAUUCGCUCUGAUGUGUCGGACAUCUCCACGCACACUGUUACCUAUGGAAACCUGGAGGGCAGCACCAAGAGGCGUAAGCAGUACAGGGACAGCCUGAAAAAGAGGCCAGCCUCCGCGAAGGUCAGACGGGAGCAGGACGAGAUAGAGCUGAACGCCUUCAGGAAGAGACCCCACCACCACACCGUCCACCACCACUUUCCCCAUGGGCCUCUGGCACACCGCCCGGUCUCACCUCCCCUGGAGCGGAAGAGAGGAGGAGGAACGGGUAAUUCUUCGCCUUACAUAUUCCGCAAAGACAAAGACAACCUGAGGGAUUUUUAUGCGGACCAGUUCCGCUCCAAGGAGGGCAAGGCCAAGUGGGAGCAAGAGGGUGGAAGUGGAGGAAGCGGUGCAGGCGGUGGUAGUGGUGGUGGUAUCUGUAAAAGCUUAGUGCCUGUGGAAGACUUCCUCAAAGGUAAAGGGAAGAAAACAGAGUGCAAAGGUGGGAUUGGUGGAAUGUCAGCAGGGCAACAGGCUCAUACUUGCUGGGAGAAAGGAAUUUCUGGCCUUGGAGGGGGAGGAAUAGCAGGGGGUGAUUGGGAGUGUCGCAACUGCCACACCGUUUGCCAUCACAGUGGAGGAGGAGGCAGCACAUGCUCAGCUAGUGGAGUUGGGGGGAGUGGCAGUCGCCCCAGCUCUGCUACGCUCUGCAAACGCUGUGACUCCUGCAAGAUACAGCCAAGCAACCUUUAUAACAUCAGUGAGGAUAACAACAUGAUUUUUAGUGGUGUGAAGAGCAGCAUAGGACCUAGUCAGACACAGACUCAGACACAGCGCAGGAAGCUAGGGCCAGGUGGGAAAGUGUUACGGAGGCAGCACUCUUAUGAUACAUUUGUAGAUCUGCAGAGAGAGGGAGCUGGUCGCAUGGGUGGGGUUGGAGGUGGUAUUGGUGGGCAGUUUGUUCAGCCCCGAAGUGUGAGUUUGAAAGAAAAAGACCGUUACAUGGAGGGCCCCAGUCCCUAUGCACACAUGUUUGAGAGAUAUUCAGGUGAAAGGGAAUCUCCCAUGUUUGGUGGCAUAGGUGGGGAUAGAGCAGCAGGAGGGUCCUCCUUCAGUUUGUACCGUGGAGGAGAAGAUAAGGUGAACCAGAACCCCUUCAUCCCAACCUUCGGUGACGACCAGUGUCUAUUACACGGUGCCAAACCGUACUACAUCAAAAAGCCACAGACGCAGCAGCAGCAACUUCUCAACAACAGCCGAGGAGGAGGGGACUUCCGCGGCUCCAUGGGAGCGACUUCCUAUUUGCCCGCAUCUGCCACAGCUGGGGUGAUGUCCAAUGUGGCUACAAGGUACCCCAAAGAGCUGUGCCUGGGUGGGGUGGGAGGGCCCAUGGGGAACCACCACGGCGCCAACAAACUGCUGUCCGGAGGCAGGGACACGUUAGGUCUGGGACAGGGACAGAGACCCUUCAAUGGUGCCAAUGGACACGUUUAUGAAAAGCUCUCGAGCAUUGAGUCAGAUGUCUGAGACUGGUCAGAGGAAGAAAGGGAGAGAUAGAGAAAAUGAAGUGGGUGAAGAAAAGAGUGGAAGAGGACAAAAGCUAAUGACUUCUCUAUGUGAAGAGAAUGAGGGUACACAACAGUGUGUGUCGUUCUCGAUCUUCUAAAAGGAGAGGUUCUGGACAAAACACAGGGGCCUCUGCCACAUAAAGUUUGGCAAAGUUCAAAGUGAGAAAAGUUUUAAUGAGACGAAAGGAUUCUGGUGCUGCUCCAACGCUUGAGCGAUCUGAAGGGAAGUGAAAUCUGGGUUGGAGGGAGUGGGAAAAGGUGAGAUCAAUUCUCCAGGCUCUGCUCUCCUCACAUCCUUAUGGUCUUUCCCUCCUUCCUGCAGUCUGUCCAAACAUUUUGUUUAGCAAUGGAUAUACAAUCAUGAAUGAGAAAUCUACACUUCUGCCGAAGUAACAGGGUCAACUAACAAUAAUUGUAUUGAUGAUGUUAAUAAUAUUAUUGAAUAUUAUUCUAGUGUUUAAUGAUGAUGAUCAGUUUGGAUUGUUUUAUAUUAUUAUUAUUAUCAUUAUUUGAUUUAUUGAAAUAGUUCAUGUUAUAUAUUUGUAUGAUCUUAAUUCUUUCUUAGUUCACUAACAUUACAGGAGGCUGGGCAACCAGUUCACCGAUAUUUGUUGGUUUUCUGUAUCUUCUUUCCUAUAAAUUCUUCAUGUUUUACUUUUUUAACGUUUCUUACUUUGACUGCAGUGAAUUGUAUGUAAGAGGCAUGAUAAGCUGAGAGCAUUAAAUAUACUUUUAAAUUUGUGAUUUUUUUUUCAACUGCAGAAGCAACAUCAUCAUACUGAUUUGCGGUUUUUGUUACUUGCUUCGCCAGUACCAAAAGAGUUUCUCAAUUUGCGCUGGAUGUGCCUUAAUGGGACUUACACUGAUUUUCUAUCCAUUUUGUUUGAUAGAAAGAUCCUCUUGCAAUCAGUCAACUGAUUUGGGAGCAAAGAUACACGAGAAAAACUUUCAAUAUUGUAGUUUUAGUUUCAUCUAGUGCCAUUAAAAUAAGCUUGCAAUGAACAAAUUGAAAGACACCAUGGGCAUUAGAUCAAGAGGAAAUAUAUUUCCUUCCUUUAUUCCUUUAUUUUUAACACUUUAGUUGACAUAACUGUGGGAGACUUAUCUUAUUUAAAUAAUGUAUUGAUCCCAAGCUCCUUAUACGAAAUGAUCAAGAAGCUACCAACAUCAAUAUAAUCUUUAUCGCUUAAUGGAAAACCACAGAAAUCUUGCAUUACAUACAGUUUUUAUACAUUACAAAAAAAUAUUGUUACACAUUUAUUUUAAGUAAAAUCAGAAAUACUUAGUUGCAAUGUACCAUUGAAGUUGCAAUGACACGUUGCAACUUCAGAGAGCCUAAAGAUGAGGAGGCUACUGCAGCCACAUGCCAGUAUGGGAAUAAAGGCUGGAAAGAGUGAGAUAACAGUCCUUCUGGUUCUUUCUAAAGAUAGUAAAAUGACUCGUCCGGCACCUCUGAAGUUUACUAAUUAAUACUGAAUAAGAUAUAUUCAGUAUUAAAUAUUGCUGCCUAUAUAUCAAGUAUAUAGGCAGUGAUCCAGAUGUUAGUUGUGUAACUGAAAAACACUUGAGCAAACAUUAUGAUUUGUCCUGUGCUGGGAGAGGGGGACUCCAACACCAUUGACUCUUUAAGAAACGGCUGUUUAUUAUUCCCCAAAUCUUGAAGAUAAUGGUAAAAAUUGACCAUAACUGUUCUCUCAGUCGGUGUCUGCAAAGUGUUUACUUUUGCAGAUAAAACAAUCAAAAUGUCAUUUUCUAGGCUCUAGUUUUUAUAAUGCUUUUACCCACCAAUACCAAUUUUGACUCAUUCCAAUUGCUCUGUUAAGCACUAAAAAUCUACUACAAUUAGCCAAAAAUUAGGGUAUGUGAGGUUUGAGCAGGUUUGUGAUUUUUCAUUUUGAUACUUUUUGUAAUGUUUACAAGUUAUUUAUCCACAGGAGAAAUAAACCUGUAACCAUUGGCUUGUACUGAAAGCCAUGAAACCUGGAAUUAGGUUAGGACAACUGGCAAUGAGUGGGCACAAAACAAGGGAAAGAGUUACCAUUGUGUUAAAUUAACCUUAGAGUCAUUUCUAGUUGACAUAAAACAUCUGUUACACAAUUGUUGACCCGCUCUCUACUGGAUUACAUAGUUAGUGUGAGGGCAAAUAGAACAUUGUCUGAUAAAUUUGAUCUAGCGGAUUUCAAAAGCUGUGUAAGUAACAAAGUGCAAGUCCUGUAAAGAUACCACCUUUAACAAAAGUUAUAGAAGGCUGCACAGAAAACAAGAGUUAGAAGGUCAUGAAGCUUACUGGGGAAAACAAGGACUUUUUCUGUUAUAGCAGUACUGCAGACAUAAAGUGUAAGAAACAAAACAGCUGCUUGACAGUCUGUUUCAAAUCAGCAUGGAAUCCAUUAAGGUUUUAUUUCCUUUUCUGAUUUGAGAAACAUUUACUUAUACGGACAACGUGUAACUAAGGAACAAGUUGUUAGCUACAUUAUCCGAGGUCAGCAAAUCAGUGUACACACAUUGAAUACAUGAAUAAGUAGCAGAAAAGUACUUACUGUAUGAUCAGAGGUGCAAAAAUGCCAUGCCUUGUGAUGGAUUUGCAGUCCUAUGCAUAUACAGUACAGACCAAAAGUUUGGACGCAACUGUCUCCAAACUUUUGGUCUGUACUGUAUUCUAUUUCCUCGCUCAGAUGUAAUCUUUCAGACUCAAACUCCCAAAUCUCUGAGUGCUUUAAAAAAGGAAAAAAAAACUUUAUUAUGAAUUUAUGUCAUUCUUGUUAGAAUCAGGCUUUAAAUGUGGAAAACUGCAAAAAACAGACUGAAUGGAUGGAUAUAUAAAUAUUUCUCCAUACAUAUUUUUCAAACACUGAUCCAGAUUUUAAAAAUACUAUAGCGAAAAGUCAAUUUUCAGACUAAAUAGAAACUCUGUAGACUUAAACUGAAACUUUGCAAGAAUUGUCAAAAAAAGUACCCAAAUGUUGAUAAAAUCAGUUUUUUAUCUAUGAAGCAUUGAAGGGCUUUAUAGUCCAAUGCCACUGGAAGAAAAAAACAAUAAAACAGGAAAAAUCACAACAACUUGCUUACUAAAAUAUAGUGUUCGCACAGACAUUUUGAUACCUUUAAACUGAGCCUGACUCGCUGUUUUUGGUGCUUUUGACAGUCUUUAUUUCAAAGAAAAACACAUAAGAAAAAAAAAAUGUAUAAUCAGCUUCUAAAUUAACUACAGGCAGUAAAUUAUUCCCACAAAUACAAAGAUACACUAGUUGUUCAAAGUUGUGGGUCCAAUAGUUUUAGCUACCAAACUAUAAAAGGCUAUAGCCCUAAACCGUUCUUUGCUGAACUGUAAAGCUGUGUCACAUAUUUAGACUUUGAGAAAAGAUGCAUUUUGGCUUCAAAUCCAGAGUCAUUUGUUCAUUAAGGACAAAGGACUCUUUGGGGAAAAUAUGAGAAUGAGUUAUAUAAAUAUGUAGUACCUUUUGCAUAAAAGAAAAUAAAAACGCUAUUUAGGAUUUUGACACCAACCAAAAUUUACAACUGCCAAAUUACUAACAAUAAGAGAAAAAUAAAAAUAUAUUUUCAGUCUCCUUUUGCCAUUUAUCAUGCAUAUUCAGUCAUUUUACCCACGCUAGAUCUAAUACAGAAGCACAAUGUGACUGAAUGGAUAUUAACUUGUAAAGCCCCCCUCAGAACCUUUCUAGACUCUUCUUCUCUUGGCUGACAAGUCAGUAUGUAUGAUACUUAAGGUCUCUAGUGUUUGUAUGGGUUUGCAUGUAUGUUUCUUUUUCUUCUAAAAUUUUUUUAUCUUGACUUUUAACCCAAAAGUGACGCGUGUUUUUAAAACAAUUUUUGGAGUCACAUCACUUUCACUGAUGCCGAUGAUCCGUGUAGUUCUGUAGAUGUGUGUGAGUGUUUGAUUUUAUUUUUCUGCAAGCGAAAAUACCAAUCCAAGACUGAAAUUCAUGCUGAAAUUCACAAAAAUAUGGCUGAAUUAAUUGAAAAAUAUAUAUAUGUUUUUUUAUGAGAAAGGUCAUAUUGUGGUGAUUUAAAUACCAGUUUUCUUGACUAUUUCUUUCUUUACUUCAAAACUGAGGUCUUGGUUUGAUUCUUUGUCACUAAGAAAGUGGCUCUUUUUCAUAACCUCUGCUUUUUUUUUUUUUUGCUUUUCUCCCUUUUUAAAAAAAAAAACAAAAACCCAAACAAACAAAAAAAACUCAUUAUUUGUUAUUGUAUGUGCCUGAAUACAUACGCUUGAUUACCUCUGUGUGCUCAUAUGGAAGAGAGGCAGCGUGAGUGAGACCACUGUUUGUUGUACAUGUACAAUAAAAUGAGAUGUAAAUAUCUUACCUCACAUUCAUGAACUUUUGAUAAUAACUGUAAAAACAAAAAUAAACAGAGUACAUCUAUUUGGGAUAAAUCUUUGAUUAGUCAACCAUCCCUUCAACAAAAGUGCUUUUGUAACGACUUCAGGCCAGGAAUUGUGCAAUGAUUUAUUAUUACACUUAGUGCACAUAUUUAAUGAGUGAAGGUCUGUGUUUUCAUUUUGUUCUUGAUUUGGUCUUAAAAAAAAUGAUGUUUUUCUCAAAAAAAAAAAAAAUUUACAGGACCUUCAUUUAUUGGUAAACAGAAAGCACAAUCGACAUUUUUACAGAGCUGUUCUAUUUUCCCCUCUUUGUCUUUAAAAAGAAAAGUCUUCGGUUUUUUGUGUUUUGCUGCAGAGGAUCGAACUUCAUCCCUGAGCUGUACAGAUUGUGAAAAGUGUAUAUACAAGAAAACUCUAGUUCAUCCUUGCAUUCUUUUGUAUGGAGAGAUAUUACUUGUGUGAAGGGAGUAUUUCAGAUUUGAUUGAAUAUUUAGUAAUAUUGAAAACGAGAUUAAACACAGUCAAUGUGAAAAUAAGUGCUGAGAAAUAUUAUUCUUCUGUCUCUUUGGAAUAAAGGUGUUGAGUAUUAAUAAAAAAUAAGAAAUCUCAA